GCCGCAACAUGCAGGUCGCCGACUGUGCGCGCGCAUGCGCUCUGCUGCUGCUGCUCGCUUGGAGCGACUUGUGGAGACCUGCCCACGGGACCUGCGUGUUCCAGUCGGACUUCGGAUUUAACGUGAGCUGCGCCUUCAAGAAAUCCGGCCUGUUCAGGGUGCGGAACCUGGGCGGCGUCAAGGGAUAUGUCGACCUCGGUUUCUCCGUGGGAGACGACCUGGGCUUCUCGCAGUCGCUGUCGGCCCUGGAGGCGAACAGGCGGCGGUCCGUGGCGGGCCGCAGCACCAACGUCGCCAGGAACGGGGUGGUGGUCCCGGGCGGCGUGAUCCCGCCGUUCAAGCCGAUCGCACCGGCGCGCAACGUGAGCCGGCCAUCGCGGCUGGCGCCGGGCGCGGCUGCGGGGGUGGCGGGGCUGCCGGUGUUCCAGGCACUGCCCGCCUCCAUCACCAGAGCCGCCGCCCCCGCAGCCGUGGCGCACCCGCUGCCGCUGCCCGCGCCUCAGGCGCUGCGCAACGCCCUCAACAAUGCCAACAACCACUUCCAGGUGCGGAAGGACCUGGUGUCGGACAACGGCAUCUCGAGCAACACGCUGUCGCUGCGCACUCUGGCGUCGCAGCAGCCGACGGCGGCGUCGGCUCAGGGCGUGUCCCUGCAGCAGCUGGUGACGCCGCCGCAGCCGGCGCUGGUGCGCGCCAUCGCGCAAGCCACCAACCUCAGCACGGAGACGGUGGCCGCCGCCAUCGCCAUCCGCCAGCAGCAGCUGUUGCAGGCGGCCAUGGCCACCAGCACGACCAGCUCCACCACCACCACGACCACCACCACUACCACCACCACUACCACCCGCAGGCCGCCGCCCGCGGAACCGCCCAAGAAAUACUCGCUCGCUGGGCUCAGCAAGGUCAUGAACGCGCCCAAGGAAUACUACCCAGUCGGCUACGAAAAGAACUUCGACGAUAAUUUCGCCUCCAGGGUGGAGUUGCCCGAUACCUCCUUUUACUGCGGCGACCAGAAACAUUUCCCUGGCCUGUACGCAGACGAGGAUUUGGGGUGUAUGGUGUUCCACGUGUGCGCUUUCACGGACGAUGGCCUCAUCAUGAAGAGCUUCCUCUGUCCAGAGUCGACACUGUUCGACCAGAAUAUCCUCAAAUGCAACUGGUGGUUCUACGUCGAUUGCAGAGCAUCGUCGAAGCUGUACGAUAGCAACAUUCCCAUAUCGAAGAGCUACCAGUUGAUGAAAGCACUCGCAUUCUUCUCAUCCUACAACAAGAGCUAAUUCUGAUACUGCACACGCAAGUUUAUUCACAAAAACAGCCUCGCAUGAGAAGAAACUGAAGAUGGUGCUUAUCGGAGAGGGACUUACGGUGCAAAGCGCAGCAGACGGACUGGAGUCGCCUUCGGUUAACAUGUACCACACGCCAGGUCAGUGUGCGAUCUCGGCGCUCGGUUGCCGCCUUCGUACACACACACCUUUUUUCAAGCGCCAGAUAGUUCAACGCAGCCGCGUUUGUAAUGCCAACUGGCGUAUAGCUUCUACUACUACCUGCAUUCAGGGAUCGUCACAUCCAGCUGUUCCAGAACCUAGUCUACAUAUUUCUGCCAGUCACCGUUCUGGUGGAAGAUACAGGUUUCACCGACCGAAUAAUUGCUAUUUGUCCUUAAACAUGGAACUCUGUUUAAUUUAUUGCAUAAUUUAUUGGAUUUAUAAUAAAAAUGCCAUAUCUUUAUUAUUCAGGAGUCUGCGGAUAUUUGUCGUGUAAUAUACAACACAGGCUUGUUAAGAAGCAAUGGAAUAAAAAAAUACAUCCCAGUAAACUGUGUUAGAGAGAGUGUCUACAGUGGCAAGUGCCUUACGUCAGUGCUCUAAUUUUUGUCUUUCAAACGCACAAAACAUACGAAUGCAUAUCUUUUGCAAAUGUUGAUAGAUAAUUAAGCAACUUUUCUAUACUUCAGACAAGUUUUAAUACACCGUAUUUCAUGCUUUUUAUAUGAUUUUUUUCAUGUAAAGUAAAAUAUGUUGCUCAGUUGGAAAGAGAUAUAAAUGCCUUUUUCGGUAGCAAGAUAUUGUUAUUUGGAUACUACGUAUGUCUGAAGUAUCUUACUGUACUGUCGAAUUUGUGUACAACAUUGAGAAAGAUAUUUCAUUUUCAUUAUUGUUAUUAUAUUAUUUGUUGGAAAGUGCAGUGAAUUCUAAAAUCGGUGAGUUGAUUAAUUCAUUUUUUUUCUGUUGCGGAAUUUCUGAUGAACUCCGCUAAAAAGACAAACACGUGACACAAUAUUGGAAAAAGAACCCGCGAGUAGGAAGUCAGAAAUGCAACAGAAAUAAAAUUGAUCGUUAUUCAAGAUUUAUGGCUGUACGGAAAUAUAAUCUCGGGAAAAACAGGAAUAAAUGGUUUGUGCUUCUUAAAUUUUUAUCAAUUUACAAAUGUAAUUUUUAGCUAUUUUUGUACAUUUUAGACAUAAAUAAAGUGAUGUAGAAAUAAGUU